AUGCCUUCGAAGCCAUGCCCUGGCCUCAUUCAGGGGUAUUUGGAUCAGUUUGGCAGAUUUCCGGAGUUGCGGCAGCGAGGCUUUUCCUUUUUGAUAGACUGCUCGGGACGGCUGUUCACAGCGAAAAAGCCUUCCUUAAAGGACAUCGAAGGAAAUAUUGAGGCAAUAGAAGCAGUCAUGCUUGCGACUCGUGGCCGUGGCAGGUUUUCCAGCCAUGUUCUCAAGGAGUGCAUCUUGACCUUCUAUGAGCAUCACCGUCUGUGGCCCACUGGAAUUGUCAGAGCUAUGGCCUGUGUGGAUGCAUGGAGCCUUAAAUCGGGGCUUGCCCUUCAACGACUCGUCAGCAGGUUUCGGCGUUUGGCCCAGCGAUCCAAGGGGGCACAGCAGCCGAAAACACAGAGUCUUAAGGACUGGUCAUCGAAGCAUCCCGAUGAUAUCGAUGAUGAAUCCCAGGAAGAGGAUGCGGUGGCUGCAUCUGACACGCUGUCCGAGCUGAGCGCCCCUGCAAGCUCCAGCAAUCUGGUUACCCCUCAAUGCAAAGGUGACCAGCGGCUGAAGAACAUCAAGCUGCAAAUGGCAGAUUGGGAUGCUUUGCAAACCCCGGUCAAACAACGUGAAAACCAUGUGAAGUCUUUGGCUGAGGAGUUAAAGAAAGCAAUGGAUGAGGCCAAAGGGACUUCCGUGAAAGAAUCUGCACUAGUGCCAGGACAACUCCCUGACCAUGUACUGAAAGUCAUGGAGGCCCAGGCUGCUUCGCUACCAAAGCCUUUCCCUCAAAGUGCCCAAUACAAGAACUCCAUAGAAGAUGCAGAUGAUGGGGAACGUGACACGCCCAAUGAGAAGCCCACCAAGAAAUUGCACAAGAAGAAGAAGAAUGCCAAAAAACGUCCUCCUGCUCAGAUCAAGCAUGCAGCCAAGGAUCCUAAACAGGAUGAGCAUCCAACCGACACCGAGAUCAAGCCAGCAGCCGAGGAUGAGACCUACUCCCCUACCCGGUAUGCAGAGCUUAGGAAAAAAUUCAUAGACGACAAAAGGUCGGGUGGCAUGACUUGGCGAGAUGCCAACGCUGAGUGGAACAGUAGUGACUUGAAGCGCCGCCUUCUUUCUUGCGUAGAAUUGUCUGAGCUGAAGCGGCGCAGGUUUGUCCCAAAGGAAUGUGAAGCAAACCCAUGGGCAUCCUGA